AGCGCCAGGUUCUGUCAAAGCUCUACGCGAAGCAGGCAGUAGGUGCGUGUACCACUCCCGAACUCUUCCAUUAAAGUCUAUAGGGGUCAAGAUGUACAGAACUACCAAGUCCCAAAUGAUGCAGCCGCUGGUCAACUCAGGAAUGGGCAUGGCUCCUUUCUUCAAGGUGACCGUGUUCGAGCAGGAGCACUUCCAGGGAAAGUACCUGGAGUUCACCUCUGAGUGCUGCAACAUCCAGGAGUGCGGCCUGGACAACAUCCGCUCCAUCAGGGUGGAGAGUGGCGCCUGGGUGGGCUUUGAGCACCACGACUUCCAGGGCCAGCAGUUCAUCCUGGAGAGAGGCGAGUACCCCCACUGGGACUCCUACAGCGGGUCUGUCUCCUACCACGUGGAGCGCCUCAUGUCCCUGCGCCCCAUCUACUGCGCUUCUCACCAGAGCAGUCGCAUGAUCAUUUUCGAGAGGGAGAACUUCAUGGGCCGCAGCGUGGAGGUCUGCGAUGACUACCCCUCUCUGCAGGCCAUGGGCUGGAUGAUGCCUGAAGUGGGCUCCAUGCACGUGCAGUGCGGAGCCUUUGUGUGCUACCAGUACCCAGGCUACAGGGGCCAGCAGUACAUCAUGGAGUGCGAGAGACACAGUGGAGACUACCAGCACUGGAGGAACUGGGGCUCUCACUGUCAGACCCCCCAGAUCCAGUCCAUCAGGCGUAUCCAGCACUAAAAGGAGGCUGAGACCCACAGGCACCAUUCAUCCCUUCUUGACUUGACAGCCGCCCCAACCCGACAACACCACUGAUUUACAGCCAAGAGUGUGAUAAGAGACAAUAUCGCACUGUUGAAGCACAGGGGAACACACACUCCACACACACACACACACACACACACACUGACAUAACUGACACGCUGUGUCUUUUUAUCUGGUUUGAAGGUCCCUACACACACACACACACACACACACACACACCUGCACUGCUCAUAAUAAUCCGAGGGCAGCAAGCUGUGCUGUAGUGAAGCUCAGAUGUUGUGUUGUUGUGUGUAGGGGGCGGAUCCUUAGGUUGAUAACUAAAUAAAAUGAUUUUCACUCCACA